CUGAUUCACUGGCCGCUGGGGCCAGGAUUGGGGGUUGGGGGUGCCCACAGGGCUUGGCUAGUGGGGUUUGGGGGGGCAGUGGUUGCAAGGAGCCUGGUUUGUGUCUGCCACUGGCCGGCAAGUAACAGCCCACGAGGUGGGGGAGGUGGCCGGUGUGGUGGACCUGCCUCGUGGCCCUGCGCUGGUAGAGCCAUGGUUGCUAAACUGAGCCAGCUGCAGACGGAGCUCCUGGCCGCCCUACUUGAAUCAGGCCUGAGCAAAGAGGCAUUGAUCCAGGCGCUGGGUGAGCCGGGACCCUACUUGCUGGCUGGAGAUGGCCCCCUGGACAAGGGGGAGUCCUGCGUCAGUGGCCGAGGGGAGUUGGCUGAGCUGCCCAACGGGCUGGGGGAGACUCGGGGCUCCGAGGACGAGACGGACGACGAUGGGGAAGAGUUCACACCACCCAUCCUCAAAGAGCUGGAGAACCUCAGCCCCGAGGAGGCAGCCCACCAGAAAGCCGUGGUGGAGACCCUUCUGCAGGAGGACCCAUGGCGUGUGGCGAAAAUGGUCAAGUCCUACCUGCAGCAGCACAACAUCCCACAGCGGGAGGUGGUGGACACCACCGGCCUCAACCAGUCCCACCUGUCCCAGCACCUCAACAAGGGCACGCCCAUGAAGACACAGAAGCGAGCCGCCCUGUACACCUGGUAUGUCCGCAAGCAGCGAGAGGUGGCCCAGCAGUUCACCCAUGCAGGGCAGGGUGGGCUGAUUGAGGAGCCCACAGGUGAUGAGCUGCCAACCAAGAAGGGGCGGAGGAAUCGUUUCAAGUGGGGCCCAGCAUCCCAGCAGAUCCUGUUCCAGGCCUAUGAGAGGCAGAAGAACCCUAGCAAGGAGGAGAGAGAGACAUUGGUGGAGGAAUGCAACAGGGCAGAGUGCAUCCAGAGGGGGGUGUCACCAUCGCAGGCACAGGGUCUGGGCUCCAACCUUGUCACAGAGGUGCGUGUCUACAACUGGUUUGCCAACCGGCGCAAAGAAGAAGCCUUUCGGCACAAGCUGGCCAUGGACACGUACAGUGGGCCCCCAUCAGGGCCAGGGCCGGGACCUGCGUUGCCUGCCCACAGCUCCCCUGGUCUGCCGCCAUCUGCCCUCUCCCCCAGUAAGGUCCAUGGCGUGCGCUAUGGACAGCCGACAGCCAGUGAAGCGGCAGAAGUGCCCUCAAGCAGUGGCAGUCCCUUGGUGACAGUGUCUGCAGCCCUGCACCCAGUGUCCCCCACAGGCCUGGAGCCCAGCCACAGUCUGCUGAGCACUGAAGCCAAGCUGGUCUCAGCAACUGGGGGCCCCCUCCCCCCUGUGAGCACCCUGACAGCACUGCAUAGCUUGGAGCAGACAUCCCCAGGCCUCAACCAGCAGCCCCAGAACCUCAUCAUGGCCUCACUCCCUGGGGUCAUGACCAUUGGGCCUGGUGAGCCUGCCUCCCUGGGUCCCACGUUCACCAACACAGGCGCCUCCACUCUGGUCAUUGGCCUGGCUUCCACUCAGGCCCAGAGUGUGCCUGUCAUCAACAGCAUGGGUAGCAGCCUGACCACCCUGCAGCCCGUCCAGUUCUCCCAGCAGCUGCACCCUUCCUACCAGCAGCCGCUCAUGCCACCCAUGCAGAGCCACGUGGCCCAGAGCCCCUUUAUGGCCACCAUGGCCCAACUGCAGAGCCCCCACGCCCUCUACAGCCACAAGCCGGAAGUGGCCCAGUACACUCACACGGGCCUGCUUCCGCAGACCAUGCUCAUCACGGACACGACCAACCUGAGUGCCCUGGCCAGCCUCACGCCCACCAAGCAGGAGACUGCUCUGCUUCCUCAGGUGUUCACCUCAGACCCCGAGGCCUCCAGUGAGUCUGGGCUGCAUACACCGGCCUCUCAGGCCACCACUCUCCACGUCCCCAGCCAGGACCCUGCCGGCAUCCAGCACCUGCAGCCCACUCACAGGCUCAGUGCCAGCCCCACGGUGUCCUCCAGCAGCCUGGUGCUGUACCAGAGCUCUGACUCCAGCAAUGGCCAUAGCCACCUGCUGCCUUCCAACCACGGUGUCAUCGAGACCUUCAUCUCCACGCAGAUGGCUUCUUCUUCCCAGUAACUAUGGCAACCACUUCCCAACACCUGGGCCCUGCAGCCAGUGCUGCCUGCUUGGGGAGUAAUCCCUAGAGACACUGGAGCCUGCCAAAUUCCUGCUACCCCUCCCUGGAGAGCUGUGCCUUGUCCCCACCCUGCUCUGGAACAGCAGGAAGGGAGGGCUGCUUCAGAGGCACAAGAAGGGGCGUGGAGUGGUGGCAAGCAGAGCCUGUUCCUGGCAGGAUGUGGGAAGGAGGGACUGUCCCUGUUGUUCGGGACAACACUUUGCCACUUGGAGCAGAAGAGGCGCAGUCUUUGACUCUGGCAUUCCCAGCCUGAGCCCGUGGAGAGCCCUGGGAUCCCUGAGGCAGUCACACUUCUCAGGACACAGGCCUGGGUGGCUGUGACUUGCUGAGCUCCAAGAGGCCGGUCAACUUCAUAUUCUGUCACCUGUGUACCCAUCAGGCCACUCCACCCUGCCCCAAUUCCUAUCACCUGGUGAUCUGCAUACCCAUUUGCACUGACCCUGCUACCCAUUUACACAGGCUUUUCCUGAGUGGCUACUCUGUGCCAGGCUCAGGGCCCUGAUGCCCAAGCCCUGGGGAGUGAAGUCCACAGGGAGGCACACAGGGUUCUCUGAGCUCCCCUGGUACUGAGAGAUUCCCCUACUCCCUGGCCCAAGACCUGAUUUUGCCUGGACACUGGUUCCCAGGAGCAUCAGCCUUCUGAUGCCAGCCUGGCCUCCUAUUCUGGAAAGGCUGCCUCAGGGCUGGGAAGCUGUCCUGGCUCCAGCAGGAACCUUGAGAUUUGUGCUGAGUCUAGGUCCUGGGGUGGCAGCUCCUCUGGUCUGUGAGGCCCUACAAGCUCUUGCCUAGUUUUGCCUAGGGGAAUAGAGGGAGGAAAUAGAGGUGAGCCCAGCGCAAAGGAGUUACCGAGGUGAUAGGACUGAUGCUUGGAACUCUGGGAGCCUGGCUGGCUGAGUGAUGGGGUCCAGGCCGUUGCGGUCACCCUGAGGAGUCUGAGGGCCUGAGCACCACUGGGGACAGAACAGCUGUGUGAACCCAUGACUAUCCACGGGCCUGUUGCAGGGAACCUGGCCUUCAAGGGACUGCCUGUACCCUGGCACUGCAGAAAGAGCCUGAGGAGAACCAGUGCGCCCCACAGCUUGCAGCCAGCUAAGGGAGAACCUGUACAUUUAUUUAACUUUCAGUAAAGUCAAAGAGAAAUGUA